AUGCAGGAUUUGGCGGGCAAAGCGAAGAAUUUCUUAGCAGAACAUAUGGCUGGCGUAGAAAAACCAGAAGCAGACAUCACAGAUGUGGAUCUUAAGGAUGUUGGAAAAGAGGGCAUAACAUAUAUGGCUAAGGUUUCCAUUACGAAUCCUUACAGUGUUUCUGUUCCCAUUUGCGAGAUCCAUUACUCCCUCAAAAGUGCUGACAGAGUGAUAGCUUCAGGUAUCACACCGGACCCUGGGAGCUUAAAGGGGAACGAUACCACCAUGGUCGAUGUGGGAAUAAAGGUUCCACACAGUGUGUUGGUGAGCUUGAUAAAGGACAUAGGUGCAGAUUGGGAUAUCGACUAUCUGUUGGAAAUGGGACUUGUUUUUGAUCUACCAGUUGUUGGUAACAUCACAAUUCCUCUCUCUAAAAAGGGUGAAAUGAAGCUCCCCUCUUUUGCCAACCUCUUCACAUGA